ACUAGUGGAAACUGCUCUUUACCCAAAAGAAGAAAAAAAAACUUCUUUCCUUUGUAUUCUCAUCUUUCAAAUUCACAAAUCUUUUGCUUUAAAAUUGAUCCUUCCUUGGCUCAAAUCGUAAUCUCUUUCCCCCGUGAGAUUGUCCUAUGAAUUCAACCUUUCCAUCGUCUCUUUCUUUCUGGGUUUCUCUGUAACUGUAGCCACUAGCCAAUUUCAAUUCUGGGCAUGUAACUCGCUCCAAACAAUUUCGUUCAAAUUGAGUCUUUUGCCAGCAAUGUCUUGAGCUUCCAAGUUCCAAGCACAUGUCUUUGACUAGCUUUUCCUGGUAAAAGGAUUUGCUUUUACCUUUUUUGCUCAGCAAUGGGUUUAAAUGAUAAGAUUGAAGGAUCUGAUGAUAGUUGUAAAAAAGCUAGGGUUUCAUGUCCUCCUGGUCUCUCAAUAUCUGAUAAUGCUCUGUUCAGUGAAGAGAAACCUAGGAGAUGGUCGGAGAGUUCGUUGCCUGACGUCUCUAAUAGGGUUAAGCUUUUGAAAUUUGGUUCUCCUUCUGCUAGAUUCAAGAGAAUGACUGCGGAAAGAGAUGAGGUUUCACGCUCAGUGAACAGCUCAAGCAACCACAAUCUCCGGGAAAGAAUUAGUGUGAUGUUUUCCCGGAAAAUCGAAUGGGCUUGCUUGAUGAAAAUGGGUAAGCAAUGGCUUAGAGACCCGUUUAACAUGGCUCUUUUCUUGUGGAUCCUUGUGGUUGCCGUCUCUGGUGCGAUUCUGUUCAUGGUUAUGACCGGUAUGUUGAACCAUGCUUUGCCCAAGAAAUCACAGAGAGAUGUUUGGUUUGAAGUUAACAACCAAAUCCUCAACGCAUUGUUUACUCUCAUGUGUUUGUAUCAACACCCGAAACGGUUUUAUCACCUCGUGCUUCUCUGUAGAUGGAACCAAGAUGAUGUUACAACGCUUAGGAAAAUUUACUGCGAGAACGGGACUUACAAGCCAAACGAAUGGAUCCACAUGAUGGUUGUUGUUCUUUUGCUUCACUUGAACUGUUUUGCUCAGUAUGGGCUGUGCGGUCUUAACUUAGGGUACACAAGAUCCGAGAGACCCGCCAUUGGUGUAGCUAUAUGCAUAUCUAUUGCAAUAGCAGCUCCUGCUGCUGCAGGUUUGUACACUAUUCUUAGUCCACUUGGAAAAGAUUAUCAUCCUCAAGCAGACGAGGAGAAUCAAGUUCAGCCUGCGGAAGGACCGUUUACCAAUCGCAAGUUAUCUCUUGAAAGGAGAUAUUCAUUUGCUUAUACAGACGUGAGUAAUCCUGAAUGGAGAGGGGGAGUUCUUGAUAUAUGGGAAGAUAUUUCAUUGGCUUAUCUCUCCCUGUUCUGCACUUUUUGUGUGUUUGGUUGGAACAUGGAGAGGAUUGGGUUUGGGAACAUGUAUGUGCACAUUGCGACUUUUAUUCUCUUCUGUUUGGCUCCUUUCUUUAUAUUCAACUUGGCUGCUAUAAACAUCGAUAAUGAGAUGGUAAGGGAAGCACUUGGAUAUACCGGCAUUGUGCUUUGCUUGUUUGGUUUGCUAUAUGGUGGUUUCUGGAGAAUACAGAUGAGGAAAAGAUUCAAGUUACCGAGUUAUAACUUCUGUUGCGGGAGACCCGCUAUUGCUGAUUGUACACUCUGGUUAUUCUGUUGUUGGUGCUCUUUAGCUCAAGAAGUCCGGACCGCGAAUUCUUAUGAAAUAGUGGAGGAUCAAUUCUGCAAAAGAAGAGAGGAAGAUAGUAAAAUUGAUGAUGAGGUUGUAGUAUCUUCAUCGCCUCGUGAAGACGGUGUGUAUGAUCCGAGUUGCUCGCCUAAGAAGAUGGCUGCGACGAUAGCUGGCUCGUCUCUUAGCCCGAGCAGAUCGAAAGAUGAAACUUGCUUGGGAGAUAAAAGUGAUGGAGCUCUAAGUCCACCUUCUCCUCCAUUCAUAGACAGGGAAGCUAGCUAGAACUACUAACAGUUUUUCUAGUUUUGUGUGAGUUUCACGUAGGGAUUCUGAUGUUGGUUGAACGUUUUCAGUUAGAUAAAUAUAUUUCUUUAUCAUCUA